GGAAUAAUCCCACAUUUUUGGCUGUUGGGAAUCCGAUCGCCCACCGCCUUUGGGUCCAGGCCACCCGUCGAGACCAAGCUUCAGACCGAGGUUGAGGGGAUGUCCCAGGGCGGCAGUUUCUCCGUUUAAGAGCUUCCCGAACCCGAGGAAUGGAGCUGGCCUCUGCCCUGGAGUCUCUGCAGCUGGAAGGUGCCCCGACGGCCUCGGGAGGUGGACUCCCGGCCUCGCGGCGGGCUCUGUCCCGGAUCCUGCAGCGCCUCGACAGCCAGGAAAACCGGCCCGGGUCCGCCGGCGGCGGGCCGGUCAGGGACCUGUGCGCCCUGCUAGAGGCUGCCGACGGGCGCCAGCUAUUCGAGGGGACCGGUGACGACCCCCUGCAGACGCUGAAGGAGGUGGCCCGGGCCCUGUGUGGCUACGCGGUCCCACCCGAGGGCGAGCCGGGCGACGCGGCGGAGCGGGCCGCCCAAGUCGGGUCGGCCUUCCUCCUGCUCCUAAGGAAACUGGAAGCGGCCAAGGAGGCCCUGGACCCCUGUACGGUCAAGCUGGCGCUCAGCCAGGUGGCGGGCCCCACCUACGUCUUCGCCGUCUCACACGGCCCCGAGCAGCCCUGGACGGGGCCCGAGUCCCGGGCCACUAGCCGAGAGGUGCUAGCCCUGCUCCUGAGGGUGGCCGGCUGCGCUUCCGCGGCGGGAUUCCUCCGAGGGGAGGACGGAGACCGGGGUGGGAAUUUGGGGCUGGUCCUGGGGCUUCUCAAACCCCAACUGAACAAGGAAUCUUGGAAGUUGAACCCCGCCACCCGGCACGUGUUUUCCUGGACCCUGCAUCGCGUCACUCGCCCCUGGCUCAGCCAACACCUGGAAAAGGUCCUCCCCCCGGCGUUGCUCAUUUCGGACGACUACCAGACGGAAAACAAAAUCCUCGGGGUCAACUGCCUCCAUCACAUUAUCCUCAAUGUGCCAGCUGCGGAUUUGCGCCAGUAUAACAGAGACCAGGUCGUCUAUCACGCCCUCUUCAACCACCUGUAUACGCCGGAGCCCGGUCUCAUCCAGGCGGUCCUCCAGUGCCUGGCGGCCCUGCUGCCCGUCCUGGAGGGCCCCCCGCGCCCGCAGGCCGCCGGCCCCCGCCCCCCGACCCCGACGGACGACGUGCUGCGGCUGGUGCUCACCCACAUGGAGCCCGAACGGCGCCUGCUGCUGAGGAGGGUCUAUGCCAGGAGCCUGCCCGCUUUCGUGGAGAGCCUGGGCAUCCUGACCGUGCGGCACCUGAAGAGGCUGGAGCGGGUCAUCGUCAGCUACCUGGAGGUGUACGACGGGCCCGGGGAGGAAGCCCGCUUGGCCAUUCUGCAGACCUUCAAAGUCACCGUCCAGCACGCUUGGCCCAGGGUGCCCUGCCGACUCGAGGUCUUCCUGAAGGCCCUGCUGAAAAUGGUGUGCGACGUGGCGAGGGACCGCACCCUCACGCCCGAACCGGUGAAGGCGGCCCUCCUGGAGGAGGCGGCCGACUGUCUUAUUCUCCUGGACCGCUGCUGCCAAGGCCGGGUGAAGAGGCUCCUGGCCCCACUUCUCGACAGCUGUGAAGACAGCAAGGUCCGGGACUGCAUCAAGAAAGUCCAAGAGGCCGAUGAACCGCCCCGCCCCGCUGGAACGUAAUGAGAUGCUGUUUAAAGUUUCACUUUUUUUUUA